AUGGGCAAAGUCAAGUACGUCCUCCUUGACUGCGACAACACCCUCUGCUUGUCUGAGCGUCUCGCCUUCGAGGCCUGCACCGAUCUCACGAAUGAACUCCUCGAGAUGUACAACGUUCCCCAUCGCUACACGGUCGAUGGCCUCCUCGAGACCUUUGUCGGCCAGAACUUCCGUGGUAUGAUGGUCGGUCUCCAGAACAAGCACGGUUUCUCGAUGCCCGCGGAGCAGCUCGAGGAAUAUGUCAACAAGGAGCUCGGAGCCGUCACCGCCAAACUCUCGGCAAAGUGUCAACCAUGCCCUGGUGCCCCUGAGCAAUUGGAGCGCUUGCACAAGGCCGGAUACCCCAUGGCUGUUGUCAGCACCUCUGCCAAACCCCGCGUUGUUGCCUCUCUCGAGAAGGUCAAGAUCGACCACUAUUUCCCCAACCAGCACGUCUACAGCGCCGCCACCUCUCUCAACCCGCCUUCCAGCAAGCCUGACCCCAAGAUCUACCACUUUGCGUGUGAGCAGCUCGGCGUCCAGCCACAUGAGUGUAUCACUGUUGAAGACAGCAAGAGUGGUGCCACCGCCGCCAUGCGUGCUGGCAUCCCUUGCAUCGGGUACGUCGGAGUGUACAAGUUGGAGGAUGGUGAGGAGAAGAUGAACCAGAUGGCCCAAGUUCUCCGGGAACAGUGCAACUGCGUCGAGAUCAUGUACGAAUGGGAGCACUUCCCAUCCAUCUUGGAGAAGCUUGAGGGAGUGAACUAA